AUGGCGAGAGCGUUGGUGGUUUCCGGUGGCCAUUCGGAUGCUUUCAUGGUGGGCAACUUCGGUGGACUAAUGAUCAUGCUUGGCAUGGUUUUUGUUUCACUCUCAAUUAUUUCUAUGGUCAUCUUCGCCUGUGGAGAUGAUAAUGAAUCUGGUGGAAGUGGAGGUGGAGGUGGAGGUGGAGGAGGGGUUGGGGUUAUGGCUGGGGGUGGGGGUUGCGGUGGUGGUGGUGGUGGUGGAGGUUGUGGAGGGGGUGGCGGCGGUUGUGGUGGAGGAGGUGGUGGAUCUAUUAAGGUAGACCAAUGGCAACGAAAAUGGAUACCAAAACAAAUGGCAAGAGAAUUGGUGUUUUUUGGUGGCCAACAGACAGAAGGUUUUGUGAUGGGAAGGCUUGAGUGCUUGUCCUUGCUUGGUGUGGUUCUCGUGUCACUUACGAUUUUUUCUAUGGUCAUAUUCGCUUGUGGGGUUAAUAAUGACGUCCCUAACAAACGUCGCGGAGGUGGAGGUGGAGGUGGAGGUGGGGGCGCCGUUGCUGGAGGUGGAGGUUGUGGCGGGGGAGGUGGAGGUUGA